AUGGCUGGCUAUUCAUACCAAUCAUCCUACUCAUCAGGAGGAGGUGCCGGCGGUGCUGCCGAUACUGUCUUCAACCAAGUCGAUGCUAACAGAGAUGGACGUGUUGAUCUCGGUGAAUUCCGUAGUUUCCUCGGUCAAAACCUUGGUGCUGGUGCUGGUGCUGGCUACGGUGCUGGUGCUGGCUACGGUGCUGGUUCAUCAUGGGAAUCAUCAUCAGCAUACGGUGGUGGUGCUGGUUUAGGCGGUGGUGCUGGUUGGGGUGCUGGUGCUGGUUUAGGCGGUGGUGCUGGUUGGGGUGCUUCUGCUGGUUUGGGCGCUGGUGCUUCAAGCUUCGAGUCAUCGUCAUUUGAAUCAUCAGGUGCUGCUCUUGGUGGUGGCUAUGAUGCAUCAUACGCUGUUGGUGGUGGUCUCGCUGGCGGUCUUGCCGGUGGUGCCACUAGUUACGAAUCAAUCGCAGGCGGCGCUGGAUUUGCUGGUGGAGCAGCCUUUGAUUCAUCAUCAGCAGCUGGUCAUGUUCACUACGCUACUGAUGCUCAAGGUCUCUUCCAAGAUCCAAACCCACAAAUCAUUCGUCGUCCAGCUCCUUCCGGUGUACAAACAUACACACAAAACAUCCGAGUUCGCUUCCUUCAACCACCACCAGUUCCAGCCCCAGGCCCACUCAUCAUCAGGGAAGUGCGCCCACCUCAACCACCUGUACCACCCCCACUUCGUAUUCGUCAAGUAGCUCCAUCUCUUCCUCCUCCACCACCACUCGUUCUCCGUGAACGACCACCAGUACCACCACCAGUUAUUGCAUCACAAACUGUCAUUCGUCGUUUGGCUGCUUUACCAGUUCCACCACGAUCAGUCAUCAUCGAACGUCUUCCACCCGCUCCACCAAAACCACGUGACGUCAUCAUUGAACGUUGGAUUCCAUAUGGACCUCACGCUAAACGACGCACCAUUGUUCAACGUGCUGCUGCUGCUCAAGCAUACCAAGCUCCACGCAACGUUAUCAUCCAAUACGAGCCAGCUCAAGUUCGCAUUGUUCGUCAAUUCCAACGCCUCGGUGUUGUUGCAGCUAGUCCAGCUGCCUAUGUUCAAACAUAUGGUGCUCAACUUCUUGAUGCUGCUACACUUCUUUCACAUGCUCGUGCUGCUGGUGUUGUUGAAGAUAUCUCAGCUCCUGGUUUUGUUGGUUACAGUGCUGCCACAUAUGGUCAAGAAUCAUUCGGUGCCUCAGCAGGUUUAGCUGGUGGUGCUGGUGGCAUUGGUCUUGUUGGUGGUGGCGUUGGCCUUGUUGGUGGAGGUGCUGAAGUUGUCGAUGCUGGUCUUGCUUUUGGUGGUGGACUCGGUUCAUCAUCAUUUGAAUCAUCAAGCUUCUCAUCAGGUGGUGCUGGUGGUCUCGAAGGCGGUUUUGUUGCUGGUGGUCUUGGUGGUGGUUAUGGUGGUGGUUAUGGUGGUGGUUAUGGUGGUGGUUAUGGAGCAUCAUCAUUCGAAUCAUCAGGCUUAUCAGUAGGUGGUGGUGCUGGUGGAGCUAAUGCUGCUUUCCUUGCUGCUGAUACCAACUUUAGUGGCGCCCUUGAUCAAGGAGAAUUCCGUCAAUUCCUUGGUCAAAAUGCUGCAGGAGCUGGUGGUGGAGCAUACGAAUCAUACAGCUCAUCAUAUUCCUAUUAA